CGGAGAAGCAGACGCAAUUCCAUUGGGAACACCGCAAUCACGGGACGCUCUCUGUCUAAUUGGCGAUUCGCUGCAACGCCCAUGGCUACCAACCAGCCAACCGGCAUCCCCACAGAUAGCCUCAUUAUCUUUCCCUUUGGUUUUCCCGCGUGUAUCACAGGUCCAACAUAUGCACUGUCACUCUCAUGUUUCAAGAACAUUCAAAUUCCUUACUCAAAAUUCAAAAUAGCUAGUCGGAGCCGCAGUAAACCCUUCUGAGAGGCCGUGCCGUGAUAAUCUAAUACACUCGCACCGCGAGUCACAUCAGGUCCACAACGCGUUCUCACCCUUUUGUGUGCUGCAGUACUACUUUGCACUCUCUUUGCCGCGAUUUGCCGCGAUGCGAGUUUCGUGCGUAAUGAAGCACCUAUAUAAAACAACCCAAUAACCUCAGACCAUCCUCGUCAGUCCUCGCACGUAGCAUCUUCAUUCAAUAGCAUGGCGAGCGAUCUACCCUUGUCAUACAACCUCGCAGGCAGUUUGGUAGCUUUUGCUGGCUAUUGCGCAUGGCGCUCCUAUUCUUCUCGCCAAUACAACCUUCCUCCAGGGCCUCGCCCAGACCCUAUCAUUGGCAACCUUCGCCAAUUUCCCCAAGCCAAUCAAGAAAAAGUGUUCGGCGAGUGGGGAAAGGAAUUUGGGGACGUUAUCUACAUGCAGGUAUUUGGGCAAGGUGUAUUGGUCCUCAACUCUGUUCAAGCAGCCCAUGACCUAUUGGAGACGAGAGGCUCGAUCUAUUCGGAUAGACCACGCUUUGUCGCUUUGGGCGAACUAAUGGGGUGGGAGUCAGUCGUAACUCAAAUGCCCUAUGGUGAUCGUUUUAGAAGGCACCGGCGUCUCAUUCAAGAUCACUUCAGUCGCUCCAUGGUAGAAUCAUUCCGUCCCAUUCAAACCCAAGAAGUACAUAACCUCCUCAAUGGGCUCCUGGAAAAUCCCGAGUUGUUCUCGACGCAUAUCAGGAGAUUUGCCGCGGGCACGAUAAUGCAAAUCGCAUAUGGUCAUACCGUUGACUCUGUGGAAGAUAAAUAUAUCAAGCUAGCGGACGAAGCAUUGACUGCAACCGUCAAUUACGGUUCUCCAGGAUCUCAGCUUGUAGACCUGGUUCCUGCUUUGAAAUAUCUGCCAGUGUGGAUGCCUGGCACUGGUUUCAAACGGCGAGCUUCUGUGGUCUACAAACUCGUUCGUGCAAUGAUAGAAACACCUUUCGAGAUGGUCAAAAGCAAGAUGUACCUUGGAACUUGCACGCCAUGUUUCACCUCAUCGUUAUUAGAGAACUACGAGAAGACGUUUGAUCACAUGGAUGCCGCUGAAGCUGAAGAGGAUAUUAGAGCCGCUGCAGGGGUUCUUUAUGCUGCUGGAUCCGACACUAUUGCCUCAACUCUUCAUACCUUCAUACUGGCCAUGGCCAUGUAUCCAGACAUUUACAAAAAGGUUCAGGAAGAAAUCGAUCGGGUGACUGGUACCUCUCGACUUCCGAACUUGGAGGACAGAGCCAAUCUUCCUUACCUAAGUUGUGUUAUGAAGGAAGUACACCGGUGGAAUCCCCCUGUCCCUCUUGCUAUGCCACAUAAACUCAUGACCAAGGACGAUGAAUAUCGUGGGUAUAUUAUUCCUAAAGAUACCACCGUGCUUGCAAACGUCUGGGCCAUGAUGAAAGAUCCGGAAAUAUAUCCGGAACCAACAAAGUUCCGUCCAGAACGGUUUAUGGAGAUGACCAAAGAGGAUGCUGAGCGCUAUGAUCCCCGGGAGGCUGUUUUCGGAUUUGGACGACGCAUAUGUCCAGGAAAACUACUUGCAGAUACGGGAUUCUUCUUGGCAGCAUCACGUAUCGCCGCUACCUUGAGUAUAUCAGGUGUGUUCGAUGAAAGCGGCAAUGGACCGUGUGCAGCCUUCGCUGGUGAUCUCGUCAGCCAUCCACGGCCAUUCAAAUGCGACAUCAAGCCUCGUUCCGAGAGCUGGCGCCAACUGAUCCUGGAAGAAGAUAAUCAAGCGGCUAGUGUAUGAAAUGCGCCUCUACCGCAUGAGUCACCGCAUGUUCGGAAUGCAAAUAUGCUUGUUUGCUACAAUGUAGCAGAACUCUACCGGUCUCUCAAUUGAUACCCUUUGUGCGGUUCUUUUUACUCUGUUUUAGGAAUGGAAGAACUAUCGUACAUUUUGUGUGGAUUUGGCAAUU